GACCGGCUGCUAACGCUGACGUCUACUACUUCAGGAAAAUGGCGUCGUUGACAGCGAUCAUGCAGACACACCGGUCUGGUUCAUUAACAUCAUCCAAAAAACGGACCGAAAUGAUGCCCCGAAGGACAUGCAGACUGUUGGACAACAAAGUUAUCUUCCUCCUGUCGUUAGCCUCCAUGUUAAACUGCGCUUUGGCUGAUGGUAAAACGCUGGUUCUGCUGGACAACCUCAACAUCAGAGACACCCAUUCAAUCUUCUUCCGCAGUCUGGCAGGUCAGUCCAGAUACCAGUUUUUUCAAUCAUUAACCUUUUUUUUGCAGUUAAACAUCCUUCUUGUUUGGUAUAAAGUGUCUUCAGGAGGACAUAUACAGCCCCAGAGGCUUAGGUCUGCAGAAUGAAGUUCCCGUUUGCAGCAAAGCAAAGCUGCAAACGGGAUCUUAGCUUCAUUGUGUAGCCAAACUCCAUUCAAGCCACUGACAAUUACCAUGUUUUACUUCAAUUACUGACGUGUACGUAUUUUACGUCACAAAGUGAAUUUAAAUUGUACAGAUCCAGGGCCAAUUUUCAGUUCGGCUUGUUUCUUUUACGUAAAUAGCAAAAUACUUCUUACAUAUUAUGAUUAAUUAGGUGGCAUAUUAGGAUAAAGACACUAUUAUAAUCAUUAUCCAAUACAGAAGUGCUGUCCUGUAUUUGAAUAACUUGAUUUGCAUACACAAGUUGUUAUCUGCAAACUAACAUAUUAUCCUACAUAGUUUACUUGGUAAUACACUAAAGAUAUGCUUACCAGUGUAUCUGCAGGUAAUUUGCAGGAAGGAUUUACAAGUACGUACACCUUCCAUUUUCACGAACCUCAGACAGGUUUUUCAAAUCUAAAACUGCAUUUAAGAGAGUCUGAUCCAUCUCUAUGAUAAUGAGGGUCAGAUCUAGAAAGUCAAGUUAUUGGGGUUAUUGUGGCCUAGACAGGAAGUAAGUGGUUGAAGAAGAAUUUGCAUAAACAGAGGAAAACUUGACAUAUUGUGUUUUGAAGAGACUGUCACCUCCCCAAAAUAAUCAAUGCCAGAAUUCAGAAGUCUAGUUAUCAGGGUUUUGAAUCGGGUCCUGUUUCUUUCAUCUUCUCCAUAACAGCCAAAUCAGAGGCUGUGACUAAGAUUCUAACUUCAGAAUUAGUAUAUGCUUUAUAGUAGUAGGGACAGUAAGUACAAAUUUUAUCUGUAAAUGAGAUCUUUUGAUAUAAGUGUGAUAUAUGACACAACAGAACUUCAGUUUUCUUAAUUUUUUUUUAUUUAAACUGCUGUUAUAAUCACUAACAGACCAUUUCAGUACAUCACUAGGGGUUUAUUGUACUGUAUAGGUUCCUGGUUCUUCAACUUGACUGCAUUUCUCUACCACAUUCUUCAAAUGACCAGUGUUGUUAUCCAUAUGACUGGUGAUGCAUGUUUUUUUUUUCUUUUCAGAUCGAGGCUUUGACAUCACAUUCAAGACGGCUGAUGAUCCCUCCCUUUCUCUGAUCAAAUACGGCCAGUUCCUGUAUGACCACCUCAUCAUCUUUUCCCCUUCAGUUGAGGGUAAAUGUCAUGACAUCAUUCAAGAAAAGUCAGCUUUAUAAAGGUUGUGAAUGUCUUAUUUAUACAAUCUUAUCCCUUUCAUCCGCAGACUUUGGAGGAAAUAUAAAUGUGGAGACCAUAACAUCCUUCAUCGAUGGUGGAGGCAACGUCCUGGUUGCUGCCAGCUCAGAUAUUGGUAAGUUAAUUUCCAGUGUUUUUGCUUAAAUGUGAACAAAAUACCAUGAUAUAUUCUCAUGUGAACGCCGCCUUUUGCUUUCACAGGUGAUCCUCUGAGGGAGCUAGGAAGCGAAUGUGGCAUCGAGUUUGACGAGGAAAAGACUGCUGUCAUUGACCAUCACAACUAUGAUGUGUCUGACCCUGGAGAGGUGAGCAGUUUUGUCCAAACAAGAGACACAACCUCUUUGUUUCACAUAUCCUGUAUUAAGAAUUUACCUCAGUCCGUAAUAAGCAGUAUGUUUUGUCCCCAGCACACCCUGAUUGUUGCUGAUCCUGAGAACCUCCUGAAAGCUCCAACUAUUGUUGGGAAGCCCACCAACAAGCCAGUUGUAUUCAAGGGAGUUGGGUAAGCAUAAGGGAACAAAAUUGAAAUGGAUUUUAACUGUACCUACAGAAUCUCUCAGGAAGCAGGGACCUGACAUUUCUAUUUCUUUUAGUAAGAUUUUCACUGGAUCUCAGGGUCAGUAUCGACUUUCCUUUGACAUAAGUUUGAGAGCGUGUCUGAGAUGUUUGACCAGAAUAAGAUAAGGAUCUUUCAGGGAGCAGGGACCUGACAUUUGUAUUGACUACAGUAAGAUUUUCAGUAGAACAAUGCAGAGAAAUAAUCAUACCCGCAGGAAAAAAAGCAACAGGUGGAGAAAGAAAAAGAGAUUAAAAAAACAAAAACAAAUAAAAGUUAGAGAAGAGCUUAGUUAACAUGUAAUUUAUAUAUCCUAGAUUUUGUACAUGGGAUAUUUCUGCGCAUAAAGUCAGUGCAUGAAGGCAAACAAGGUGAAAGCAUUAGCAUGGAGGAGUGAAAGCAAAGGGAGGAUGGGAGAAAGUAGAGGGAAUUCAGAGGGCUUUUGAUCUAGAGUGCUGGCAUCAUAUUUGCAUAAAAGUCUGGAAAGGAAUGCCAAGUUUAUAUAAACCUUUUCCCUGAGCCGCACAUCUCAUUUUCCCUGUAAUGGAAAAGGGAGAUGUGAUUGAGGGGUUGGUGAUUUCCAUCUAAACAGAAUAAGCCCCAUGGACUAACAUUGCUGAGGAUAUUAUUGAUGCCUGGAGAUCUCAUUGCUGUGAAACGAAACCACAAUAACUGCGAUGACAGGGUCUGCAUAGACUUACCUUGACAUAUGUUUAAGAGUGUCUGACCAGGAUGGGUUAAAGUUUGGGCAUGACAGAAACAAGUCAGGUCUGACCCAGGAUAUCCAGGCCAAUUUAGCUUUACAGUUAUAAAGAUGUCUUACACAAAUUGAUAAUAUGAGUUCUUGUCUUGGCCAGAUUUAGUCAGAAAGCUCCAUAUUUAUUUCUUUAUUUGUUGAGGACAGAUACAAUAUUCCAAGAUAAAUCCAAUGCCAGUAUAUAAUAGUUUACAGCAGAUGCAAAACCUGUCCCUAGAGGAGCUUGAAAGGUUUUUAAAAAGUCAACAGUAAGCUGACUACAGAAUAAAACUACACAUUUAGCAGUGACAGACAACCUGACUUGAGUACAAGUUUGUUGUUUAAGGGAUCAGGAUUUGGUGAAAUCAUGGAUUUGUAAGUACCUGAGGGGAUGUGAAUUUGAUAGACUGUGUUGCCGUACAAAAAGGUCAAAGGAGCCAAAAAGACCAUCCAAGAAGAGCCCCCCCCUUUUUCAAGCCACUUCUGAACAGAUGAAUCUAUCAAAGAGGAUUUGAAAUGAGAGUUUGAGGUGAAAUGUUUGAUUAUUAAAGCUCCUUUGGGGAGUUUUUGACUAUCAAAAGUCAUAAGAAAGAGAUUUUCUGUCAAAGGCCCAAAGUCUCGCCAUAAGUAUGUGCGUCACAGGAUAAGCAAGACUGCUUUGUCGAUAGAGGGCAUAAGAUGCAAGUUCCUCACAGGAGCUUUAAAGUAUACAUUUGGCCAAAAUGAUUAUGAAAUUGUGUCUGUGUACUUAAGGCAACAACAAGAUCAUCACAACACAGUUUUAACCCACUACAAACGCAAACCACACUUGUGUCCUAAUUAUGUCACCUCUUCCUUCUUUCCUCCAGCAUGGUGGCAGACCCAGACAACCCUCUUGUCCUGGACAUCCUUACUGGCUCUUCGACCUCUUACUCCUAUUUCCCUGAUAGACCCAUCUCUCAGGUAAGGAGACCCCAAAUAGUCUUUUCUUAUCAUGAUUCCUGAUGAAUUUUAUUCAGAAAUGAUUGCAAAGAUUUAAAUAUAGUUCAAACUGAAGUUUUUAGCCUCAGAGGGAACAUCUCAUUAAAUGAGAAUCAAAUCACUUGUGGCCUAAAUGAAAAAAACUGUCAUAUUUGCUUGACUGUAACUGAGCUUUGUGAGUGUAAAGAGUUUAGAAAGAUAAGUUAUUUUCCAGUUUAAAAUGUCAUUCUUUACUAAUAAUACUUCUUCAAAGACAGUUAGACUACGUCACUUGUUCAAACUAUUUUGAUGAGUUUAGAAAAUUCAAUAAUGUACAUAUAGGGACUUUUCUCAGUAAAAAGUUCACAACAUUGUAAGUUAACACCUAAUGAUGAAAGUGAGAUCCACCACUUCGGUGCAGGAGGAUCAAAAACACAGUAGAGAGGUACAAAAACAUGUGAUAUCACCUGACGGCAUGACCUCCAAUUUGACCCUAACUUCAAAAGGCUGUGAUUAUUAAACUUACUGGAAGUUUCUUUGAGGACUCAGGAAGCAUUAAUCCCCAUCAACAAACUAAUUCUUUAAACUCUUAACUAUCUGUGUUUUUUUUAACCUCUUCAGUACCCCCAUGCUGUUGGAAAGAACACCCUGCUGAUCGCUGGCCUUCAGGCCAGAAACAACGCCAGAGUGGUUUUCAGCGGCUCUCUGGACUUCUUUAGUGACGCCUUCUUCAACUCUGCUGUGCAGAAGGCCAGGCCUGGGUCUGAGAGGUAAUCCUCACUGCUGGUCACAUCUGUUUAUGUCUCUUCAGGAACUGAAUUUCUGCUUUCAGUUCAGAAAAGCUGACUUUAUCAAACUUUGUAUACAUGAAGUAUAUGUGCAGAUCUAAUCCUCAUGCUCUCUGUCUUGAGAAAAGAUGUUCUCAUAAUAUCAGACUAUUAUUAAAGACAUUGUUUCCUGAUUUUAAAUAUGGUUAAGUAAGUGUUAAAAAUGCCUGGAGACACAUGCAGUAAUCUAGGGCACAGCUGUGAGAUCUUUUGUUGUUUCUCAGUAAAACUGCAGGCUCUUUCAGCUUUUAUUCCCUGUCUUUGCUUUUGCUUGAUAUAUAAACUAUCUGCAAAACCCCAUAUAAGCAGGGAAAAUAUGAAACCAAAGGAGUCAUGAAGGUGGACUCAAUUUGUUAUUGUUUUUGCCGACUCAGAUACUGAGCCAAGACAUUAGAACCAUUAGCAUACAGACACAGAAAUACAGCUGAAAAAGUCACAGUGGUGCAAUGCAUCCUGGUAGAUGUUACCUACAGAGCUCUGCAUGCAAACUGAGCAGUUUGGGUAAUCUAAAACAUACAAGGCAGUAUUCUUCCUUCGACUUGUUUCAGCAUUCAUACUACUGUGCACAGUAUGUCUAAUCCCCUGACAGCUUUCAUGAGCAAUACAGUGCAGGUGAAAAACUAGAAAUGCAAAAUUGGUCGGCAAAUGGACUAGAGUAGAAAAGUAGUCAGAAACUGUGAUUCUACAUUGUAUGUUUACUUUUUAGCUUAAAAAGGCCAUUAAAGUUUGUCUUAAACCUGGGGCCCUGUUAAACACUUCUCUGUGAUAAGAAAUGUCUCUGAGUGGUAUCAAGCUGAUUUUGGUUAUCACACACCCGUGGUUGACAGCCUCCUCUUCUCAUGUCAUCAGGCAUGAGCAGACAGGAAACAUGGAGCUGGCUGAGGCUUUGUCUCGCUGGGUGUUCAAGGAGGCUGGAGUCCUCCGGGUGGGAGCUGUCACCCAUCAUCCUGUCGGAGAGACCACCCCCCCAGCAGCAUACACCAUCACUGACCUUGUGGUGAGUUUGAAGUUUCAGUGUCUAAAUGACGUUCACCUUGAAGUCUUCAUUAAGGGCGUGCCUUUUGUAAUGUGUGUAUCUAAAUCCGUUCAUAACUCUUUGCCUCAGGAGUACAGCAUUGUCAUUGAGAUGCUGUCAGAGGGCCGCUGGGUCCCCUUUGAUGGAGAUGAUAUUCAGCUUGAGUUUGUGAGGAUUGAUCCAUUUGUCAGGACUUACCUGAAGAAAAAUGGUAUGUUGCUGUGGUUACAAACAAGGCUUAUUCAUUCAUUUUUAUGCUGAACUCGCAUCCUAAAUGUAACCCUUUGUUUUCUACCUCAAAGGAGGUAAAUACAGUGUCCAGUUCAAGCUGCCCGAUGUGUACGGAGUCUUCCAGUUCAAGGUGGACUACAACCGCCUGGGGUACACACACCUCUACUCCUCCACUCAGGCAAGUUGUACACAUAUCUCCGUGCAUAUGAAGUCAUAAAUGCAAAUGCAAUGACAGAAAUAGAUACUUCAAGUCUGUUUAUCUUUUAAUUGAAUAAGAUGAUGACAGCUGUACUUUUUCCAAAGACUACCCAAAACGUUGAUAUGUUUGUUUUGUCAGUGCUUUGGCUUUGCACUCAUUUCCAACACAUCUAACAACUGUUCUGUUUUGUCUGACGAGCUUCUACUCUUUUCUUCGACACCACAGGUAUCAGUGCGCCCCCUGCAGCACACUCAGUAUGAGCGUUUCAUCCCCUCAGCCUACCCGUACUACGCCAGUGUCUUCUCCAUGAUGGCAGGACUCUUCAUCUUCAGCAUUGUCUUCCUGCACAUGAAAGAGAAGGAGAAGUCUGAUUAAUACAGGAGGAAAGAAGUUAUACAAAUGCAGGAUGAGAGAACUGAGCUAGUGGUGUGAAGAGCUGAAUCUGAAGGUCUGGGUGGCUUGAUUCUUCACGCAGGGAUUUGGACAGAAGUUUAUGUUCAGUUAUUUGAACUCAAGUAUCAGCUUUUGGAGGGUAAAGGGUUGAUGACUUUAACUCAAUGCAGUGAUUUUGGUGUUUUUUUGUUUUUUUUUGUACUUUGAAAUCACUCAAAGACCUGUAAAUGUUCUGAAUUCAGUCAGCGUUUGUAAUAAAUUGUUCUACAUUUGAUAAAACGAUCUCCCAAGAUGGGCACUUACUUGCCUUCCAAAAUGAAAAUGACAAUGAAUUUGACCCACAUUUUCUCAGUCAGGAAAAGUCAUUGUGGUAACUACGUGCACUGAAAAUACCACUGUUCAUUUGUAAUUGAUAAGACUAAAUGUGUUUCCUAAAAAGAUUGGAGUCAUGACAAUAAAAUACUGACAUUCCACUGGACUGAAAAUUCACGUCUUCUCUGUCUCAUAAUUACAUCUGAUGAAUCCCACUCUGCAGCUUAGGAGAGAGUUUCCAGGACUCAUUGAGUGGCAUUUACUUAAUGACAGUGUCAGUGCAAGACCAUGAAUGCCACACACAAUGUUUUUGUUGUACUCAUGCUAAAAAGUUUUGACAAAAGUUUGUUGAGCAACAAAAGGAAGAAUCCUGCAAGAGACUUUGUUGACUCAUAAAACCUUACCUUUCCUCACACAGUCCCGCAAUUGAGAUGAAGGGUGUGAACUAGACAACAGAAGGGGCUUGAGCACCUGCUGCUUUUGCCCCAUGGGUUUGAAUAAAUGGUUUUUCUUUUUCCGCAAA